AUGUCGAACAACGAGCAGAUGUCAUUGUUUUACUUAACAGGGGAAAUUGACCGGUUUGUCCGUGUUUGUGUUAACUCCAUGGAUGGUGACAUAGACUAUGCCAAAAUAGGGAUGCCUGAGUUUCCAAAGACAAAGCCAAACCAAGUCUACAUAGGUGCGACCCUAAUAAGUGAUGGUGUUCCUAUUUCUCGUAAAGAAGAGAGAACACCAACGAGAGAUUAUGUAUCAAAAGCGGAAUGGAAUGAAUGGAUAUUAUUUCCAAUUCAAUACAAAGAUUUGUCAGAAGAUGCUAUCAUUGUGUUGCGAGUGUAUUGUUAUCACACGGAAAAUGGAUAUGUCCCUGUCGGAGAUGCAGUUUUACCCCUUUUUGGAUACGAAAAGGGGAAUGUACUUAGAAAGGGAACCAAAAGAGUGAAGGUUGAAAAUUGUAAAACGUUGUCUGACGAAAUAGCUUUAGAUAUAGACGAAUAUGAGCGUCUUCGAGUUCAACGUGUUGUUCUGAACGAAAAAGAACCGCGAUAUAACACCAAGAAAAAUGCUCUUGAGCGAGCCGAGAAGUAUCAAACGAAGAUGGUCUCGACAAAAGGUCGGAUGGAUUUUUUAGAUCAAUUUACCGCAUCUAUUGUCCCUGCUUUUCGACAAGAAGAAGAGCGACGUACUGGGAGUUUGAUAUACAUCUCUAUCACUAUACCAGAGUUUGACAAUCCCGUCAAAUUGUAUAAAAACGAGAACGACCCGGGGCACUUUCCUACAGUGACUUCACAAGGGAGAAUGGUCGAGUGUGGGCCAGUCCAAGAGAUCAAAUUUGUCGGAGAGAAUUUAGAGAUCGCUGGAGAGAAGAUGUAUAUGAAGUUGACGUCGUCGUUGGAUGCGAAAGGUAUGGGAGAUAACAAACCUGUUUCGAUCAAUGAAUAUAAGGAGUUAGACGCGAUCUCGAGAAUGCCAGCAUCAGUCACCCUUUUGAAUGGAGAGCAAAAAGCACUGCUGAGAAGAUAUGGCCGAUACCUUGCUGCGACAAAUCCAAAGGCACUGAACAUCUUCUUGGCGCAAGCCAUUGAUUGGGAGGAUUUGCACGAAGUUGAAGAAGCAAAAGAGUUUGUGAAGAUCUGGCAGAAGGUAGAUGUCGAGGAUGCCCUUGGGUUGUUGAGCAUCAAAGAUUCGUACGUGAGAGAGUAUGCCGUAGAAAGACUUAAAAGUACUACCGACGAGGAAUUUGGCGAUUACUUGUUUUCGUUUGUGCAGGCCCUUCGACAAGAAAAGGAGGAGAAGAGGGGGAUGCGCUUCUUAAUAGACUAUUUGAUCGAUCGGUGCAAAGAAAAUUUUGUGUUGGGGAAUUGGUUCUAUUGGUACUUAACAGUCGAGUGUGGGUGUAAAGAUGGAGAUUCGUGUGACUUCUACAAAUGGGUGAGAGACACGUUCGACUGUAACAGAAAUGCUGAACACAAAAAGGAGACGGAGAAGCAGCGCAAGUUGAUUGAAGAGAUCACCAAAUUGCAACUGCAGUUUAUUAACAGUCCAUUGAGUCGUCCAGAGAAGUUGGAACAAUUGAAAGAAUGGAUAGAGUCGCCUACAGUUGCUGAGAUCUUUUCGAAUGGGGCAAUUGCACUUCCUUUGAACCCGAGAAUCUAUGUGAAGGGGAUUAAUAGUAAAGGAGCGUUCAUAUUCAAAUCGAACAAAGCGCCUUUAAAACUUCCUUUUAUAGUAGAUCCUGAGAUGACUAAGAUCCGAGGAGGUAUUGAGUAUGACCAAAAGGAGUUUUUGGUGAUAGUGAAACAUGGAGAUGAUUUGAGACAAGACCAACUAAUUGGACAAAUGAUAUCGUUGAUGGAUAGACUCUUAAAGAAGGAUCUUAUGGAUCUUAAAUUGACACCAUAUCAUGUUGUGGCGACGUCUCCAGUCGAUGGAAUGGUUGAAUUUAUACCAUCGGAUGGAAUGGGUGAUAUCAUUAAGGAUGGGACUAUAAGAGACUAUUUGAUGAAAAUGAAUGGAGGAAGUAUACCAACAGCUGUAACGAACAAUUUUGUUCGAAGUGUCUCUGGAAAUUCUGUAAUUACGUAUCUGCUUGGUGUUGGUGAUAGGCAUUUGGACAAUUUGUUGGUGAGAGGAAAUGGCAUCAUGUUCCAUAUUGACUUUGGAUACAUUCUUGGGAAAGAGUGCAAACCAUUCCCCCCACCUAUGAAGUUGUGCAAAGAAAUAGUCGAGGGAAUGGGCGGGAAAGGAAGUCCACAAUAUCAAGAGUUCACUAAGUUGUGUUGCGAGUGUUAUAACUCAAUACGAAAAAGCUCGAAACUCAUCAUGAAUUUGUUCCAACUCAUGACCAAUUCAAACAUCGCUGUCUUCCAGGAAAUGGGGCAAAAGUGCAUCAAUAAGUUGAAGGAAAAACUGAGGAUGGACUUAACUGAUGAAAGAGCUGCAAAAUUCAUGGUAGGAUUGAUCGAAACAAGUGUUAAUGCUUUGUUCCCCGUGUUUGUAGACUCAUUCCACGAUUUCGUGCAAUAUUGGAAAAGCUGA